UAACGGCAAUUCCUUUACGACACAUACCGGAAACUGACAGCUACUUUCACUUUGAACAUAUGAUGAUGUGCAAGUUUAACUUCAAAUCCUCUUUAAUUAAACAGCUUUCUCCGCCAUGACUGCCUUUCUAGUAUCAAAAUGAAUGUGAUUUCCACAUCAUGGAAAUGGAUACAGACAGUGAGAAUGUGGGGUACCAGCGGCUGUGUACAGCCAUCAAGCGUGGAGACAUCAGUUUUGUUCAGCACUUGAUCAAGUCAGGUGUUCCUAUUGACAAGUUGAGCAACAGCAGCCUCUGUCCACUCCUGCUAUCUGUUGUCACUGGAAGACCCGAUAUAGCAUCCCUCCUUAUUGAGGCUGGGGCGGAGGUGAACGUCUAUACCAGUGACUUUGGAACACCCCUCCAUGUUGCCUGCUUCAAUGGCAAUCUCUCAUUGGUUGAUGCUCUUCUCAAGGGAGGGGCAGAAUUUAGAGUGAAAGGUCCAGCCAAUCAAACACCAUUAUUCAUAGCUGCACUGAGGGGUCAUUUCAAAGUUGUCAAGCUUCUGUCAGCAAAAGGAUCUGCUCUUGAUGACCAGGACACUCUAGGACUUACAGCCCUUCAUGCAGCCAUUAUUGAAAACCAUGAAGAUGUUGCUGUUGGGCUUAUCAGAGCUGGCUGUGGGGUCAAAAAGCGUGACUCCAAGGGAAAUCUCCCCAUCCAUUAUGCAGUGAAGAAUUCCCAAAUUGGCAUUAUAAAACUGCUGGAAAAAGCAGGUUGCAGUAUCGACAGCAGGAACAGCAAUUUUGAGACACCCCUUACAUUGGCAGUGCUGUCAGGGAAUAUCGACUGUAUAUCCAUCAUUUUGAAACUUGGAUGUGAUGUGAAUGUCUCAAGGCCAGACAGGAGCACAGCUUUGCAUACCUUGGUCUCCUGUUGUCAUGGCAACCAAAAGUUCCACAAAAUUCUGAAACUUCUGUUACUCGCUGAUGCGGACAUCGAUGCUCAAGCUUUCAACACACUGGAGACUCCUCUUUAUAGAGCAAUUUCUUUGGGAAAACCAGAUUUCGCAGAACUCCUUUUAGCAUAUGGUGCUGACAUGAACUUAUCUAGUCCAUUUGACAUAACAGCAUUGCAUUUAGCCUAUAUUAAGCAGUAUUAUCAUAUAGCAUCCAUGAUGUUGCAUUGUGGUUUGAUUUGGAAACGAGAAAGGUGGAUAAAGCAGAUUUCGACUUCAAACUGCGAUCAGUCAAAGCAUUUCCAUGACAACGUCAUAGCAGUACGAAAUAAACCACAAAAUUUAGUUAACUUGUGCCGAACAUCAUUCAGAAAGAAAACAAGAGGACAGCUCUUCAGAAUUUUAUCAGCUAUGCACAUGACUCCGAAGCCAGUGAAAAGCUACUUGUGUCUUUCUGAUAUGUGGCUGACAUCUAGUCUAUGUGACCUUGACCCGAAGGACUCAAGGUUAAGCUCCGAUUUGGAUGAAUUUCUUGCUGAUCCUGUGUCUGUGAAAAUUGUCCCUCGACCAGAUUUAGACUAUGAGUACUAACAGUUAUAACAAUUGCGCUUAUUUUCUUAGAAAAUGCCAAAUAUAUUUGUUGAGCUCUCAUUUAAAAUGCAUCUAACAGUGAAACCUCUGUAUAUUCUGUUUUCAUUAGAUAAAAACAAUUUCAGUGUUAUUGUCUUUAAAGCUGCACUCUCACAGAUUGACAGUUUGAACAACUACCAUAGUUUAUUGUUUUGGAAUGAUGAGCAAACUUUUAUUAAACAUGUGGAAACCAGUGAGAUAAGACUGCUGACAAAAGAUCGGGUAGCAGUAAAAUUUUCAUAUUUACAUUCACAAAAUGAUAUUUUAUUUACUAUUUUGGGUUUGUUCAACUUUUUAUAUCUGUCAAAAAUGGCCAUAUUUUUAAACUUUUUUUCCAAUUAUUGUACAACACAAAACCUGAAAGUAAGAAUAUGUAAAUUGGUGAUUCCUUAUUUCAACUACAUGAAUGCAGAUAUAACCUUUCAUUUUAUGCUUGUUAAAUUUCCCUCUUAAGGCUGCACUCUUACAGAUUGAUUGUUUUGACAAGUUUUUUUUAAUUUAUUUUCAUUUGGAAUGAGCCAAUUUUGCAUAAAUACCUGGAAACCAGUGAUAUAAGACUGAUGAUGAAGAGCAGAUCACAGUUUUCAUUAUAACAUUUGAAAGUGUAGGUUUUAUGGCUUAAAGUGUUACUAACGUUUUAAGAAAAAUAAAAUUUUCGGCCGUUUUCCAAACAAUUGAGAUCUGUUCUAAUGUGAGCUGACUUAUAUGACUGAAUUGAAGGCAUCGAUGCUAAAAUCAGCUGAUUCAGAGAUAAAUAAAAAUGUCAAAAUUGUUAAUCUGUGAGUGUGUAGCUUUAAACAUACAAAGAAUCUCCACAUUUCACUUUGUUUUUGGAUUUCAUCUCAAACAGCAUGCGCUUUAAUUUGUAACGCAAAAGAAAAAGGUAGCUUGUCAGUUGAAUUUAAAUGCUUUUUUCGCAUUUUUGGUGAUUGUUAUGUAUAUUCAAAAAGAACUUUUAAUGUUGGGAAUUUUGAUUUUUUUUAUAUAUAUAUAUAUAUCAUUUUAUAUAUAUAUAUAUAUAUAUAUAUAUAUAUAUUAGUAUGUUGAUUUGAAGUAUGGUAUCACUUCUUGUUGUUUGUGUAAAGAUACAUCUCCCAAUUCUCAUGGUCUCUACGAUAUGAAAUUUAUGCAAGCAACAAGAAGUUAGUAUAUGUUAUACUAGUAUUAUAUAUUAUAACAACACCAGAGAUCAACCGACUAACUCAAUUGUUUCAUGUAUAUGCCAAUUCAUGCCUUAAAAGCAAUUAGCAAACUUAAUACCGUAUUAAAUUGCUCUAGUCAAAGUUGUUUUAUAUAUACAUACUUUUUGUUAUACUUAUACAGCUUGUUCCUGUGUUGAUUAUAUCAGAGUUUCUUUAUUUAAUGUAUUCUCGUGGCCUGAAGAUUUAGAUUUAAAUUAUAUCUUGCUGUUUUGAAACAUUUUGAUAUUACUACCAAUUACUGUUGAAACUGUGACCCUUUCUGCUGUUAAAUCAGUGUCAGUGCAUCAGUAUGUCAAGAAUGGCUGAACUUCAAAAAAAGAUUGUUUUUUCUUUAACAACUAAACACCAAUUAUGUGUUUUAAGAAUUAAAAAAAAGAAAAACAUGUUUUAGUGGGAUAUGAGAUUAGGAUGAUUUUUUUUUAAAUAUGGAGCAUUCUCUGUAACAUAUGUUCCCGCUUAUUAGACAAGAAAAAUGGGUCCCGAUUUUAACCUUGUAAGAGAGGCUUCAAGAAAUUCAGAAAGAAUCGAGUCAAAAUCAGUAAUAUUUAGGCUACAGUAUUUGACUGUCUUUUGAUAACACUCAAAUAAAAGUGACAAGAUUACAACCAUCGGAUUAACACAACCAUCUGCUUUGUUUCGCUAGGAUGAAUACUCAAUAUUUUCUAACUAGCAGAUAUUUUCUAAUUUACAAAAUUAAUGCUUGUUAUUGGUCAAAACACAUGGUAGAUCACACAUGUUUCCGUGAGAGUGAGAUAUCCAUAUUCUUAUUUUUUCCAGUGUGGAUGAAAAUAUAAAAAAAUAAAUAUGAAUGGCCCAUUCUCAAUUAUAUUUUUUGUUUGUAAGCUUUUACCAUGUCUUCCUGAUUUUUAAUAAGUUUAACUAAAAAAAAGUUUACCUUGUGAAAUUCAUAAUUGUGAAAUUUUAUUGUUUUAUUGUUCUUCAGUUAACACUCAAGUGACAAUAGGCAUGCAUACAUUUUUUUACAACUUAAGAACAACUGGUAGCUUUCCCACUUUACCACUUAUGUUAAGAUAUGUUAGCAUUUUGUUGUUUAAGUAUAUUUAACUAAAAUGAAAUGAUAAAUGUUAUGUUAAUAAAGCAAUUGAAUAUUG